AUGUAUUUUUUAAUACUAGGUGAAUCUGGGCUUGGUAAAUCGACUCUUAUAAACAGCCUGUUCUUGACCGAUCUCUACCCAGAAAGGGUGAUUCCUGGAGCAGCAGAAAAAAUUGAAAGAACUGUGGAGAUUGAAGCUUCAACGGUUGAGAUUGAGGAGAGAGGAGUGAAGCUGCGGUUAACUGUUGUGGAUACUCCUGGAUAUGGAGAUGCCAUUAACAGUGAAGACUGCUUUAGGACCAUAAUUUCGUAUAUUGAUGAGCAGUUUGAAAGGUACUUGCACGAUGAGAGCGGUCUGAAUAGACGUCACAUUGUGGACAACAGGGUGCAUUGCUGCUUUUAUUUCAUUUCUCCCUUUGGUCAUGGACUUAAACCUCUUGACUUGCAGUUUAUGAAGGCAGUACACCACAAAAUGAAUGUUGUUCCAGUAAUCGCUAAAGCAGAUACUCUAACACUUAAAGAACGUGAAAGGUUGAAGAGGCGGAUUCUGGAUGAAAUAGAUGAACAUGGUAUAAAAAUUUAUCAAUUGCCUGAUGCUGAAUCUGAUGAAGAUGAGGAUUAUAAGGAACAAACACGAAUUCUGAAGACUAGUAUACCAUUUUGUGUGGUUGGAUCAAAUCAACUAAUUGAGACUAAAGGAAAGAAGGUGAGAGGUCGUCUGUAUCCAUGGGGUGCAGUAGAAGUGGAGAAUCCUGAACAUAAUGACUUCUUGAAGCUGAGGACCAUGUUGAUUACCCAUAUGCAAGAUCUGCAGGAAGUGACACAAGACCUUCACUAUGAGAACUUCCGCUCUGAGAGGCUGAAAUGUUCUGGCAGGUUGUCUUCUCAUGGUUAUGUUCUGCCUCUUUCUCCUUUGAAGGGUGCAGAGAUAGAUGAAGAUGUCAGUAAGGACAGGAUCUUGCUGGAGAAGGAGGCUGAGCUUGCUCAAAGUUCAUCAGGUGUUGCUGGUUUGGCAGCAGGCACUGUGAUGCCAGUUUAUCAUCUGACCAGUCUGUGUGUCAUAUUUUAUCAAGAGCUUUUCCCCAAUUUAGCCAGUAUAAUUGACUUGGAUCAAUGUGGCUUCAUAGAGAAUCAACAGACAUUUGAAAAUAUCCUUAAUGAUAUAGACUAUAUAAACAGCACUUCCACUAAGAGGUCUGUAUGUGGAGAGAGCUUUCAACAGAGUGAAUUGGAAAUAUUGGAAGAUGGUCCUCUACAGAUUUUGAAGUUGAGAUAA